AUGUAUGAAGGAGAUUCUACUUGCCAAACCCCAACUCUUCCUAAAAUUAAAAACACUCGAAGGCUCCAAAUAGGUCCAGACACUGUUAUAAAUUAAAUUGAAUGGGUAUGCUGAUCAUAAACGGGUAAACCCACUAGCCCCCACCUUGGUUCCUAAAUGCCGCCAUUUGGAUUUUUGACCUGAACCACCUGUACAAAGGAUUAGCCCACUAGGGCAGAGCUACCACCUGCAGAGUGGCCGAUGUCCCGAUGAGAGAGGACCAUAUGAAGCAAAACCCACUACUAGGAACAGGAAAACCUCGGGAGGAACAAAACUUCCCUCUUCAGCCAAUCAUCUCCAAGCAUGAAGGCCUACUUCAAAAGGGCCAGAGGCCUACGUCUCCAUUUUAUUUCUCGACACCAUUAUAGGAAUUCCACGAAGUCUAAUAAAUUCACGCAUAUCAAUUCCUACAAUUCCACUUACUAAAAGUGUACCAUCAUUAAGAAUUUUCCAUAAUAACACAGAAAAUCUCACAGAGACAAAAACGAACUUUAUUGAUGAGCUUAUUCAAAGAUUUUCUAUAGCAUCAGUAUUUUUAUCAAGGUAAAUUAGAUUUAUAUAUUUCCUAGAAUUUAAUGGACUUUUAUAUAAGGAAUUUUUUCAUUUUAUAAAAAUUUCUUAUAACUUUUAGUAAAGCCUUUUCUGCAGGGGAAAACAUAGAAUUCAUUGACAUUGUUAACAAAGUCCAAAGAAUAAAGCCUUUAGUUCUAUUUUGGGAAAUUAAAAGAACGGAAGGUUUCAUUCCUGAGGCACGAGUAGGCGCUACUAUGUCAGUUGUAAAUGGGAACAUUUAUCUAUUUGGCGGACAAUCUGGAGACAGGAUAAACGACAUUAAAAUGCUUGACUAUAAAAAUUAUCAUUGAGAAGGCGUAAACCCAUCUUCAAAUUCAAAUAAAAUGCAAGAAUACCCUGAGCCAAGGGUUGGACACACUACAAUUUCAUAUAAAAAUUCAAUCGUGGUAUAUGGAGGAGGUGCCGCUUUUAAUCAGACGUUACAUAUAAGGGCUUGUUUCCCACUUAUCCAUGCAUUUGAUACAGUGAAUCUACAGUGACAAGCCCACAAGCCGCUUGGUAGGCUUCCAGAUGCCAGGAGAAACCAUGGGGCAGUUUUAAUUGGCAGCACAAUGAUUGUAUAUGGUGGGAUUGACAGUAACAGUAAAAUUUUGAACGAUUUGUGUGGGCUAAAUUUAGAGUCAAUGCAAUGGUUUUUAACUAAAGUAGAAAAAGGGUCUGUGAAGCCAGGCCCAAGACAUUCAUUUUCUUUUACUUCAGUUUAUCAUUGUGGAAUGCUGAGGCAGUUUACAAAUGAUAUCUUUUCGCUGCCAAAUGUAUAUGAUGAUGUUUUUACAAGGAAAACCUCAGGGAUUUACUUAUUCGGAGGAAUGAACCAUCAUGGAGUAAUUUUUAAUGAUUUAUUUAUGCUGCAGCCUAAGCGUAAAAGUAUAAGAGAUGACGAAAGUAUAUUAAGAUGGAUAAAAUUAGAACCAUCUGGAAAUGUCCCAUUGCCGAGAUAUAACCAUUCAGCAGUCCUAUGUGGAGGGCAUCUAUAUAUAAUUGGUGGGAGAAAUGACUCAACUUCAUUUGAAACGACUGGAAAUGAAGUAAGUGACAUUUCUGCUUAUAAUAUAGCAAGCUGCCGAUGGGAAACUUUGCUAUUAAAAGGGCAAAAGCCUGGACCAAGACAUGGAGCUUCAGCUGUCUCAAUUGGUAGUAAAAUCCUUUAUUUUGGAGGGAUGGGAAAAGACCGGUUUUGCCAAACUUUAUUGUUUUCAUUAGAAACAGACCAAAAUAAUGCUCAGGAGCUUAUCAAGCUAUGGGAUGAAGAAGAAAAUCAUAGGAAAAAUAAAGAAGAAAUCACUAUGAAAUAGUUAAGCACUUAGCUAGUUAUUCAGAUUUUAAAGUUUCCCUUCUUCAGGAGGGUGUUAGGCUGAAGCUAAACUUUUAAAUUACAAGUUAUGAGGUCAGCAGCCAUCUUCUCUUGCAAGUAGACAAUUCACCAAAAGAGCCAGAAGGUCUCCACUGGUUGCGUUGACCUCUACUGAACCUGACUCCAGCACGUAUUUCGCAUAAUUUUAUCCUCCUCAGGUGUGUCAGGAAUAAAGCUAUAUGUCUCCUUUCGUUUUAGGCUACCAAAUUACUCUAUGCGGUAAUCAUAUUGGCACUGUGGAUAAAGGUACGUGAAAAACUAAACCUCAUAAUAAUAAAUGUUUUGGAGGAGGAAUGGCUCGGGGCAGCCACUUCCUUACCUAGUCAUGACAUUUUUUUGGCCAGGUGACGCCAAAACAAAAAGGCGUAACCUGGCAAGAAAGUUUCAGGGGGUGAGUUUUGCUAACAAAAUUGGCCUUUCCCUAGGCCCUUGAGGUGUGGGCAACAAUUUUGGACGGACUUCACGGCGAGAAGGAAGUGAGGAUGCCUCGUGCGGAGCUUGGGGCGUGAAGAAGGCGCGGAACAUCAUCUCCAGAGCCAAUACCCCUCUGGAGUAGGAACCUGUGGCCGCUAGGUCCGGAAGCUAAAGGAACAAGGGUCUCCCCUGUAGAUGGUGACGUCACCAUUUUUGAGGAAGUCACCAGAAAAGAUGGAAGCAUAGUGAUGAGAAUUUAAUUUAGCUGGAAAUGAGUUGGUUUGUGCUGAGUGGAAGAUGCUUGGCGUGAUGCUGAUGUGCUGAUGGUGCUGAUGGUGCUAAUGACGCUACUGGUGCUGAUGGUGCUGAUUUGGUGGUAAUGUAGGGUAGGGUAACCGUAAUUCUUCUUCUUCUUCUUCUUACCUAGUCAUUUUAUUAUUAUCAUCAUCUAUGAAAUUAUUACAAAAAGGAAAAUUACAGUCUGCAGCUAAGGUAGUUUUAACAAAAAUUGGGAUGAAAGCUUUAAGUGAAAUAGGCAUAGGCCCAAUUCUCGUAUGCUUUAGAUAUUAUGCAUUUCAUCCAAGAAAACUUGGUCGAAAAUCUGAAUAGUUCAGUUUUUUAUCAAAAAAAUUCUAACAAAAUUGCCUUGAGGAAAUACCAUCAAAAGCAUCCGAACAUUUGACAAGAAACCAAGUGAAAUAUAG